AUGGCGUCCGUGUCCGGCCUGCUCCACGUGCGGCUCCGGUCGGCCAGCGGGUGCCUCGCCGUGCCGGCGGCGUCGCUCACGGCCAAGUUCCGGCUGUUGCCCUGGCGCGAGGAGCAGACGACGUCCGGCGCCCACGCCGACGCCGACGGCAACGCGACCUGGGCCGACGACGACGACGGGAACCUCGUGGUGCUGGCGCAGCUCGCCGCGACGGAGAACGCGGCGCCGCGGCUGCACGUCGAGCUCCGGAGCCGCGAGCUCUACGUCUACGAGCGGUCCCUGGGCCAGGCGACGGUCGACGCCGCGGCGCUCGUGGCGGCGCCGGGGCGCCGGGAGACGCUUUCGAUAGCGCUCGAGGCCGCGGGCGACGACGCGCGCGCCGUCGUCGUCGUCGACGUCGAGUUCGUCGCGGGCACGACGACGGCGCCCGAGGCGCUGGAGCGCACGGAGUCCCAGGGCUCCCUCAACGAGGGCCGGCGCCACCAGCACCUCUUCCGGCUCACGUCCUACACGCGGCCGACGUGGUGCGCGGUCUGCGGCGGACUGAUGGUCGGCAUCCGCCACCAGGGCUUCCAGUGCGAGUCCUGCCUGCUCGACUGCCACGACCACUGCCAGCUCCGGGCCCACGCGACGCACGACUGCCGCCUCGGCACGCCCGUCGCGCCGCGCGACGACGGCGAGAGCGCCGAGGCGGAGGAGGCGUCGCCCGAGGCCGCGACGCCGGAGAAAGCCGUGUCCCGGCGGCCGUCGGCGUCCGUCGACGACAUCGCCGAGGAGAAGCCGCGGCCGUCGUCGAGCCGGGGCGUCGGGCUGCUGACGCUCCACCUCACGGGCGUGCGCCUCGCGCGCGACGACGACGACGACGACGACGCCGCGGCGGCGAAGACGAAAAAGGCCGGCGACUACUACGCGCGGCUUUGCCUGGCGCCGUCGCGCGACGCGCCGACGCCCACGGACCGCCACUACGCGAAGCGGACGCACACGGUCUACGAGACGUCGGACCCGACCUUCGACGCCAAGUGGCAAUUUUUGGUCGAGUCGUUCGGCGCGGAGGUGCGUUUGGAGCUCGUGGACGCGGCGCGGGACGCCGUCGUCGGCAGCCUGCGCUUCGGCGUGUUGGACCUCCUCCAGGAGCGGGCGGACUUCGCCGCGCGCGAGGCCUACGUCGCCGCGCGGCGCGCGUACCGCAACGCCGUCGCGGCCGUCGCUCGCGCGAAGCGGGCGGAAGACUCCGGCGCCGUGCCCUACGCCGCGCCGGCGACGCCGCGCUUCUUCGACGACGCGGAGAACGCGGCGUUGCGGGACCGCGCGGGCGCCGUCGCGGGCGCGGCGGCCUUUGCGCGCGCGGACCUCGAGGUCUUCUCGGACGACCUGUGGUGGAGCCUGGACCCGCGCUACGCCCCCCCAACGCCCGAGCCGGCCCAGUUCUCCAUCGAGAUCACGCGGAGCCACAUCCAGCGGGCGACGGACGUCGUCAACGCCAUCUCCCGGGCCUACGCGGACUACGAGACGUUCAUGAGCUGGGACGAGCCGCUGAAGACGGGCGCGGCGUUCGUCGCCUUCGUGGGCUGCUGCGUCUUCGUGGACGCGGAGUACGCGGGCGCCCUGCCGCUGCUCGCCUUCGUCGUCUUCCUCGCGGCGCUCGCGCCGCGGCGCUUCGCGAGGGGCGACCCGCGCGCGGGCGAGCUCGACCUCGCGUUCCGGAGAGCGGACGAGGAGCACCUGGGCGGCGGCGCCGCGCGCUACCGGCCGCUCGCCUACGUCAAGGUCGCGGUCUGCGCGGGGCGGGGCGUCGACGCGGGGGCGCGCGACGAGAAGCGGACGGAAAAGCCGACGCCGGGCGACGUCUAUGUGGUCGCGUCGUUCCGCCACUACCGCGCGGCGCCGGCGCCGCAGCCGCCGGCCGUGCCGCGGUCCAACUCCCGGGACGCGGCGACGCGCUCGCCGAAGAAGGCCCGCGAGCCCGAGAGCGCGUCGUCGAGCCCGCGGCACACGAAGGACGAGGACGACGCGUUCUGGCGCGACGCCGCGCUCUUCCCGGGAGACGUGGCCCUCGACGGCGACGGCGCCGCGAAAAACGACGGCGGCGACGGCGCCGAGCCGUCGGACGACGACGGCGACGACGCCGCGUCGGAGGACGACGAGCCGCGGCGCCUCUACGACGAGCACGUCCUGGGCUACACGGGCACGGCGGCGAAGACGUGCGAGCCGCGCUGGCACGGCGCGCUGGGCGCGACGCUGUCGCACCGCGCCGCGGGCCCGUCGGCGCUGCUGUCGCGGCUCGUGGGACCGCGCUUCGGCGGCGGCGAGGCCGACGCGUGCUCCUUCGCCGUCGUCGAGCCCUGGGAGCGGCGGGGCUGGGCGGGCGAGGCGCGGCGCGCGAAGCCGCUCGUCGACCGCGCGCUCGUCUACCCGUUGCUCCAGCCCGCGGACGGCGGAGAGCUGCGGCCCUGGGCCGAGGCGACGGGCGUGCUCGUCUUCCGCGUCAUGCGCCAGCACCCCAUCGACCGCCUGCUCGACUCGUGCCUGGGCUCCGUGGAGGUGCCCGUGGCGUCCCUGGUCGACGACGACGGCGGCCGCGGCGCGCAGCGCGAGCGGCGGGGCUGGCACGACCUGGAGCUGUCCGACGACGAAUCCGACGCCGAGGCGCCGCCCGACGUGCCCUACGCCAAGAAGAAGCGCGAGCCGCCGGCGCUGCAUCUCCGCCUGCAGCUCGCGCUCCGCGACACGUCCGCGGCGCCGAACCCGGACGAGCGGGAGACGUCGCGCGCGGUCGAGGCCAUGCAGGACCCGGACGCCGCGGACCCGGCGGCGCACCCGGACCUGCGGUCGCGCGUCGUCGGCGUCGCGCGCGACGGGUUGCGGCCGCUGUCGACGGCCGUGACCGCGCACGAGUACCUGGCCUGGGCGCAGAACGCGUUAGGGCGCUACCUGGACGUCAUGGAGUCGAUGAAGAAUUUGGUGAACUGGACGCACCCGGAGAAGACGGGGCUCAUCUUCGUCGGCGUUCUAGUCGGGGCGGUGUUGUUCUGCCGGAUCAAGACGCGGUGGCUGACGUUGGCGUUCGGUCUGUACGAGUUCACGUACCGCCUGCUGCCUUCGUCCGCCUCGACGGUGACCUGCCGCUUCCUCAACGCGCUCAAGGCCGUGCCCAACGACCGCGACCUGCGGGCCUGCUACGGCCACCGCGCGGCGCUCCACGCGGGGCGCCUCGUCGACUCGGAGCGGCGCCGGCGCCGCCGCGCGCGGCUCCACGCGAUCUGGGACUGCGGCUGGGAGGGCGGCGUCGAGCUGCGGCCCGACGCGUCCAGCGCCUUCGACCGGCGGCGCCUCGUGCUCCACGGGCGGCGCCUCCUCGCGUGGCGGUCCGAGCGCGACGUCGACGCGGGCCGGCCGCCGGCGGCGCAGCUGUUGCUCCAGGGCCACAGCGGCCUCACGGCGCCGGCGCCGACGGACGGCGCGGGGCUGCCCGACGACCGGCGGGCCCACAUGCUGGCGGUCUUCGGCCAGGCGAGCGACGGCGCGCCGCUCCGCUGGGCGCUGCUCUGCGCGGACGAGCGGGACCGGGAGGCGCUCGGCGCGGCCAUCGCGCGCGCGUGCGACGAUAAGCUGGACUAG